AUGUCUCGCGAGUUCGUGGCGAGGACGAGGACUCGUCGAUUCGACUUCCCCUUCGCACCGGGCUCGGUGGUAUCCCGAGUUGGCGUACAAGCAGUGCUACUCCAAGUAGGCAGAUAUACUCUUCCUUGCGUCGUUGGCGUCGAUAAGGACCGUGGCUGCAGUGUAUAUAUCUUCGCUCCGCCAGUCAUGCUGCUGUCCGAAUCAAGCAAUAUGAGGGAGCGAAAGGAGUUAGGGUCCGGUAUUUUAUUCGCGGUAGAGAACUGUGGCGAUUCUUCCGUUUCUGCUGAGAAAAGGGGUUCAAAGUUCCCAGACCUAGAACGACGUGGUACUCAGCGUCAUCAGUUGGUGGAGAACGUAGUCGUCUCCAAAGCGAAUCUUGGAAAAAGCGGCGAGAUACUAAGUUGCUCAUGCAAGCCGUCAUUCGGUCGUAAUAUCCUCAUACCGAGCAGCUUGAAGACCGAGUAG